GGGGGAAGGCCGGAGCGGCAGAGCCUUCCGACAGCUGCUCGACGAGGUGCGAGAAGGGAGAAGGGAGUUGUCCGAUGGUUAUUUUUUUUGCAGACAAUAAAGCUUCGAAUCACUGACAUUUUUUUUUUUACCCUUGCUUUUGUCGUUAAAGGCGAUGCAUUCGAGUUCCGCGAGGGCGCAAGGCGGCAGCUCCCCCCCGUCUCCGGUGGACGGCAGCCCCAGGAGGCUGUCGUGGGGCAACCUGGUGCAAAAGCUGACCGACAGCGUGGAGUCCCGCUCCAACAACAGCAGCAGGAGCGACCUCUCGGACUCAGCGUCCGAGGUGUCGGAGGAGGAGCUCUUCUACGACCCCACGGAGGAGGCCAUCCUGAAGGAGGUGGUGCAGCUGAUCGAGCGCAGCCUGCGCGAGGCCAAGGACUCGCCGUGCGCCCUGCGCUGCGCCAAGCUCCUCAUCCCCGACCGCCUCCUGGAGCGCAUCGGGGGCGAGCUCCUGCACCUGGCCGCCAGCGAGCCCUGCGGCCUGCGCGGCGCCCUGGUGGACCUGUGCGUGGAGCGGGGGCCGCAGUGCGAGAGCGUGGCGCAGCUCUCGGCGGACCCCUACCUGGUGCCCACCUUUCAGCUGACUCUGGUGCUGCGGCUGGAGUCCGGCGGGCUCUGGCCGAAGAUCCAAGGACUUUUUAGCUCCAGGUCCCCGGCGGGGAAGCAGGCUAUCAAGCUCAGCACCGGAUUCCGGGUCAUUAAGAAGAAACUGUACUGUUCCGAGGGGCUGCUGAUCGAGGAAUGUUGAAGGCGGGCAGAGAACGAACGAUGAUGUCACCACGGUACAGGCCAUGCGUUCUCCAGCGAGUGUGUACCUCAGUUUCUAUGGAAACCGCCCAAAUGGCAGCUACAGCUAUACGGUUAUGAGAAAAUGAAAAACAACAACAAAAAAAAAAGAAAAUCAUCAUUUGACACAACAGCUUCUAGUCAAACGUCAUUCCAUACCUGUGUGGACGAUUAUUUAUUUGAUAUUCAAAUACGCAUACGACAUUGCACUUGGUUUGCACAUUAUUAUUUUUUUUUUUUUGCUUUUUGUAUUUUCGCAGCUGCAAAAAAUAAACAAACAAAUAAAUA